CAUUAAUCAAGUUGCACCGGUUGACUCCUACAAGCUAAUGUUAGGCUAGUUAGAUGUAGCAAGCUAGCUUUAGAUCUUUCUAAUUGUGCGCAGCAGUGCGGCGGACAUUACAAACAGCACGCCUGUAGGACUGUAAUAACACUUCAUCGCUGUUGUCGUCAACGUCCUGGACUUUUCCCCCCCAGCUUUAAUCUUGCAGUGUUAGCCUGAGCUAGCUCGGCUAGCCUGCUAGCGUAUGGGGUGUCAGAGUUAGCAGUGACUUCACUGCCUGUCUGGUUUCCUCAUCUGGCAUUUUGGACACGUCAAGGUUUCUCAAAUCAGAACUCUGAUUUUGGGGGGGGUGUGAUGUCAGAACCCAAGAGCCCUACUCCCACCCCUGCUGGCGACACGUACAAAGGAUGGGUCUUCAAGUGGACAAAUUACAUCAAAGGUUAUCAGAGGAGGUGGUUUGUCUUGAGCAAUGGCUUGCUGUCAUACUACAGGACCCAGGCCGAGAUGGGUCACACAUGUCGGGGCACGAUCAACUUGGCCACAGCAGCCAUCUCAGUAGAUGAUGCCUGCAACUUUGUCAUCACUAACGGCGGCGCUCAGACCUAUCACCUGAAGGCCAGCUCAGAGGUGGAGCGUCAGCGGUGGAUCACUGCCCUGGAGCUGGCGAAAGCCAAGGCAGCUCGGAUGCAAGCAGAGUCAGACGACUCGGGUGACGACUUCCCCUCAUCAUCAGUGGGCGGAGGACAGGGUGGGGGUUCCCAGAACUCGGAGGUCCAGUCCACACUCAGAACGCUUGGCAGUAAAGUGGAGGAUCUCAGCACCUGCAACGAUCUGAUCUCAAAGCACGGCUCUGCCCUGCAGAGGUCUUUAUCUGAACUGGACAGUUUACGGCUGACCGGAGAAGCUGGGGAUAAAAUUCGUCAGGUGACAGAAAGAGCCACGCUGUUCCGUAUAACUUCUAAUGCUAUGAUUAAUGCCUGCAGGGACUUCCUGACCCUGGCACAGACUCACAGCAAGCGAUGGCAGAAAGCCUUGCAAGCCGAACGAGAGCAGAGGGUCCGGCUGGAGGAGGCCUUGGAGCAAUUGGCCAAACAGCACAAUCACCUGGAGCGAGCUUUCAGAGGGGCUUCGCAGGCUCACAGCAGUGCGGACAAUAAAGGCGCUGCUGGGCCUGGAAAAGGUGAGGCCAGCGACGAGGAUGACGAUAACGAGUUUUUCGAUGCUAUGGAGGACGCACCUGAGUUCAUAACCGUACCUGCAGACCCUCAGUUUCACAAACGUUCAAGCAGCAAUGCGAGUGGUUUGAAUAGUGACAUGUGUUCAGAUGAUCAGUCGCUCAAUGAGGAGCCUCUGGCAAUGAACCAGGAGUCCCCUUCACAGGAGCUGGUGCCGCUGAGGAAGAGACGAACGCGCAUCCCAGACAAGCCCAACUACUCUCUGAACCUCUGGAGCAUCAUGAAGAAUUGCAUCGGCAAAGAUCUGUCCAAGAUACCAAUGCCAGUGAACUUCAACGAGCCCAUCUCCAUGCUGCAGCGGCUGUCCGAGGACCUUGAGUAUCACGAGCUGCUGGACAAGGCGGCCAAGUGCCACAGCUCCCUGGAGCAGAUGUGCUACGUGGUGGCCUUCUGCGUGUCCGCCUACUCCACGACAGUGUACCGCACGGGGAAACCCUUCAACCCUCUGCUGGGAGAGACAUUCGAGCUGGACCGCCAGAGAGAGAGCGGCUACCGCUCCCUCUGUGAGCAGGUGAGUCACCACCCCCCUGCCGCGGCGCAUCACGCAAUCUCUGACCGUGGGUGGACCCUCAGGCAGGAGAUCACUGUUGCCAGCAAGUUUAGAGGCAAAUACCUGUCAAUCAUGCCCUUAGGCACAAUUCAUGCCAUCUUUGAGAAGAGCAACAAUCACUACACAUGGAAGAAGGUUACCACCACAGUGCACAACAUCAUAGUUGGGAAGCUGUGGAUUGAUCAGUCUGGAGAAAUCGACAUAGUAAACCACACCACAGGAGAUCGCUGCCACCUGAAGUUUGCUCCCUACAGCUACUUUUCCCGAGACGUAGCCAGAAAGGUGACGGGGGUAGUGAUGGAUAAAGACGGGAAGGCUCACUAUGUGCUGUCGGGCACAUGGGAUGAGAAGAUGGAGUUCUCCAGGGUCAUGCAGAGCAGUCGAGGAGGAGAGAACGGCGCCGAGGGCAAACAGAAAACGGUUUAUCAAACCCUCAAGGCCAGGGAGCUUUGGAAAAGACACCCUUUACCCGACGGAGCAGAAUCCAUGUACUACUUCACCGCCCUGGCUCUGACCCUGAACGAGCCCGAAGAGGGGGUGGCGCCCACCGACAGCCGGCGCAGGCCCGAUCAGCGUCUGAUGGAGGACGGUCGCUGGGAAGAGGCAAACGGCGAAAAACAGCGGCUGGAGGAGAAGCAGCGCAGCGCCCGGCGUGAGAGGGAGCGAGAGGCCGCGAGCCAGCGGGCCUCAGGCCAGUCUGAGGAAGCUGUCGAUGAGGAUUCUUUUGUUGAUCACUCCAUGAAAAGUGCACCCCAUGACACCCACAAAGCGCUGUGGUUCGAGAGCUGUGAGGACCAGAUCACAGGUGAGCGAGUUCACAUCUAUAAGGGAGGCUACUGGGAGGCAAAGGAGCUCGGCGCCUGGGAGGGCUGUCCGGACAUAUUCUGACCCCUGAAGCGCUCUUAUUGGACUGAAGCACAUCGCAGCCGCACGGACGGCUCCACAACGUCCCGAUUGUCCCCCCGCUUGGCGGCUGCUUCCCUACAGCGGCUCUCUGUUCUAAGAGAACCACCCCUGUAGAAGGAUCUGGCCUUCUACAUCCUACCAAGUCUCAGAAUCGGUAUCCCCUCGUCACGUAAACAAGAGGACUGGGAACGAUUUAUCAUCUUUUUCUUUUGUUUUUUAGGUUUCUUAGUUGGCUCGGUGCGGGCAAAUAAGCAGUGCUUCCAAAUUAAUUUGAGUCUGUGUCCAAGUCAGAUGAGUCAGAGAGGAGACUUCUCUUUCCUGUGUGAUGAAUUGAUCCACACAGCACCAUCUAGUCUGGUCGUAACGCUAAGAAAAAAUAAAUAAAUGGGUAAAACCUGGCUAAUAUAUACAGUUAUAUUUAAAUAUGCUUAAACUUUGAUUGAAAUGUCAACUGGUGGCCUUGGAAAUGUUUCUGUUUCUCUCUGAUUUAGUGUCUUAAUAUAAAAAAGUGAAGGUUUGCUUGUUGGUGUGCUUGUGAGUAAGCCAUCCUAUAUGCUGUUUCAUUUCUAAAAAUUCCCAGCUGCCAUGGAUCACAGUGUGCUGGAGAAAAGACUUGAUCGUCUAGAACACUUACUGACCAUCAACACUGUCAUUUUAUAAAUGGAAGAUUUUUUUUUUUAACAAGGACUAAAGGAAGAUAAAACUGUAAAAAUAAGAAUCAUAACUCGGUUACAAGGUUUAAAGAUGUAUCGCUUUAAAAAAAAAAACAACCAUCCUGGUCUCAUCCGCUGUGUCGUCUGAUAAAAGAACAAAAUACCUGCAUUCAUAUGUAGUUUCUUGUACAAACAUUUUAAAAGUUUUGGAAAUUAACAGCAGGUUGGGUAUUUUUUUCACUUGCAUCUCACUUAAAUAUUUCUAUUCAGAGCUGAAUAAAAAUAGGAAUGAUGGGUUUGUAAAUUUUGGGUACGCAAAGGAGAAGUUAAAAACAAAUAUUUGAGGUGAAAGUAGAUAUAACAACCCCUCUCCUCCCCUGUUUGUCUGCUGAGGAGUAUUGUUUAUAUGCAAGUUUAAUUUAACACCAAAAACAAGUCAAAAUGUUUCCUCAUGCGUUGGUAUGUGUGUGUGUAUGGGUGUGGAUUUAAUAAAUUUGUAAGUGUACUUAAAAAUGAAGAAUUCAGACACAAAGAUGUGGCGGAUCACAAUGAAUUUAUACAUGUAUAGAAAUUCACGUUCUAGUGUUGACAAAUGUAGGUUUUUUUGUUUUUUGGUUCUUGUAAAGUGGGAGGAUUGUCUUCAUUUUUCAGAGAAAAAGGGAAUUAUGUACUUGACUCAGAGUAGGGACUUGACAUUGUUCAGUAUUUUGUAUUAAUACAAAAAAAAUCUGUAAUAAAUACUGAAAUGUCAAAUA